AUGGCUCGCUUGCAGAAGCUAUUACUACUGCUCGGUCUUGUCCUCAACGCCCAGGCGAUGGGCAAUGCUGCCCAGGACAACCAGCAAAUCAUAGCUAACACUCUCAUUACGACUGAAGCUCAUGAUAGGCCUAACGUUGUGUUCAUUCUAACAGAUGACCAAGAUCUACAUCUGGACUCUCUUUCAUAUAUGCCAUAUCUCAAACAGCAUCUACUUGAUCAAGGAACUUUCUUCCGUCGACAUUAUUGUACCAUCGCACUCUGCUGUCCAUCGCGGGUAAGUCUCUGGACUGGGAAAGCAGCGCACAACACCAAUGUGACUGAUGUCAAUCCACCAUAUGGUGGUUACCCCAAGUUCGUCAGUCAAGGCCUAAAUGAGGCAUGGCUACCGGUAUGGCUGCAGGAAGCUGGAUACAACACGUACUAUACCGGGAAGCUCUUCAAUGCCCAUACAGUUGAGAAUUAUGACGCGCCGUUCCCCAAGGGUUUCACCAGGUCUUCAUUUUUGCUAGAUCCCUUUACCUAUCAAUAUCUAAACAGUACGUUUCAGACCGACAAAGACGCCCCUGUCAGCUACGAAGGCAAUUAUUCUACCGAUGUACUUGCGAGCAAAGCGUAUGACUUUCUGGAGGAUGCCGUGUCCGAGAAGAAACCCUUUUUCCUCACCAUCGCCAGUAAUGCACCCCACUCAAAUGUCGCAUUCAAGCAGGAUUGGUUUGGUGGAAAUGCUUCUGGAGAUACCAUCAUUACUUCUCCACCAAUCCCCGCAGAAAGACAUAAGGAUUUGUUCAAGGAUGAAAUUGUGCCGAGAACUCCUAACUUCAAUCCAGAUAAAGCAAGUGGAGUUUCAUGGAUUGCCGGUCUUCCAAAACAGUCUCAAAACAAUGUCGACUUCAACGACCACUUCUACCGGAAUCGCCUUCGAGCACUCCAGGCUGUUGAUGAGAUCAUCGAUGGGGUGAUCAAGCGCCUUGACGAAUACGGAAUCCUCGACAAUACGUAUAUCUUUUAUUCCAGCGACAACGGAUACCACAUUGGACAACACAGACUUCAGCCCGGCAAAGAAUGCGGCUUUGAAGAAGAUAUUAAUAUUCCGUUGAUCGUUCGCGGUCCUGGUGUUCCUAAGGGUAAGGUCAGUGACAUUGUCACCACUCACACAGAUCUGGCACCAACAUUCCUUUCACUGGUUCACGGGAAACUGCGAGCCGAUUUUGAUGGAGCUGUUAUUCCUCUGGAUGCGCCGGGUCUUGACGAGGCCCAAGUUACUCGUCACGAACAUGUGAAUGUCGAAUACUGGGGCUUUGCUCUGUCUGAGGGGGAUUAUGGCCAACGAUGGUUUGACAACAACACAUACAAAGCACUGAGGGUAAUCGGUAGGGGUUACAGCUUGUACUACAGCGUUUGGUGCAGUGGUGAGCACCAGCUGUAUGAUCUCAUUAAUGAUCCUUAUGAAAUAAACAACCUCUAUCCUACAAAUCACUCGGCAAUAUUCACCUUCGAGCAAGUAAACUCCGGAAAGUCGGCCUCAGCGAAACUCGGGACAUUGAUAUCACGCCUCGACUCCCUUCUUCUGGUCUUGAAGACCUGCAAAGCCAGAGAGUGUACGCAUCCCUGGGAAGUCUUGCACCCGAGCGGUAAUGUGCAGAACUUGUACGAUGCGCUGGACUCGCGCUUUGACGACUUUUACGAGCUACAGCAAGAGAGAGUGAGUUUCUCCAAGUGCGAGAAGGGCUACAUCCUUGAGAGCGAGGGCCCCAUCGGUGCGAAAGCGUACAGUAUUGAGGAGAUCGGUGUGAGAGGUGGCCACUUGUGGCAUGAGCUUGUAUGA